UCAUUUUCUCGACAUCUACACCUCAAUCCUGUGACGAUGGUGUCUUUCACUCGUUCGAGCACCGCAACACUGCCUCCACCACAACGACAACCCACCUACCCCCUCGCCCAUGCCUUCCGCAAGAAGCCGCGGCGCCUGCCUCUAGUACUGCGCUUCGCUAAAGGCGCCGUACACGAUAUUAUCGCCCUGCCCGUCCUCCUACAUUCGCUCUUCACUGUCCUUAUCGUCUAUCUCGAUACCAACGUAUGGGACUCAAUCAACAUUCCCUCGACCAUCAUCCCAUCACUCAGCAUAGUGGUGGGGUUGAUGCUUGUCUUCCGCAACAGCACGAGCUACGAUCGCUUCUGGACGGGGGCGGAAUUGCUUGACUACAAUCGGCACGAGCGUGAGGAAUCUGGCGAGAAUAUGUCUGGUCAACAGCAAAGAUAAAGAGGGCCAUGCAAGCGAGGCGGAGAAGAGGGACACCGAAAGAGUCGUGAGAUGUUUGGUUGCUGUGCUGUAUGCGAUUAAGCACAACCUCCGGGCUGAAUUCAACAUCCCACCAGCCAGUCUCGCUACCCUCCCCCCUCAAACUUCUCACUACCCGCGCUCCACACCCGUCUCCCGCCGCCCCAGCUACGUCGACCGCAGCUACUCCACGCCAGGCACACCCGUCGCUUCCACACCACUUCUCUCCGCCUCGACUGCCACGCUGGAAACCGGCGCUGGCUCUGUCCCCACCAAGAAGGAUGAUUACGUCUCGCUUCUACCACAGGGCUUGAUGGGCUACGAGGACCAAGGGCUCGGUCUCCCGCUCCAACUUAGCGUGCUGCUAGAAAGCUAUAUACGCCGGGGCUUUGAUCGUGGCUGGUUCCAUGCCCCACUUGCGUCGCAGAUGACGGUGCAGAUUAACACGUUUGUCGAUGCAUACGGCAAGAUGGAGACGAUAAGGUCGACGCCGAUUCCGGUGGCGCAUUUGAUCCACCAAAAACAAGUCCUCGCGUUGUUCACAUGUAUCCUACCCUUCGCCAUCGUCGACGACUACGGAUGGUGGAGCAUCCCCAUCGUCGCUAUCGUCGCUUUCACACUCUACGGCAUUGAGGGCAUCGGCGUGCAACUUGAAGAUCCCUUCGGGUACGAUAAGAACGACAUCAAAAUGGACGGCAUCAUCGAGGACACGCGACAGGAAGUCAUGGUCCUCCUUGAGGAAUGGAAGAUGAGCCAUGAGGGCAGGGCUAUGGGUGGCAUGUUCGAUUGAAAUGAUUGUGAAGAUACCCUGGAGCGCGUUUGGAGAUUUGAAUGAGCUGCGAUGCAUUGAUUGCCAUCAAUGAACGGAUCUAUGAGAGAAAAAGAGAUGAACGAAGCUAGAAGAGAAGAUGAGAUGAAUAUGCUAAAUCAACUGACAAGAAUGACACAUUUCAUUAUCCA